CGUGUGUCUCGGCAACAGGACCCGGGUGAGGACAUGGAAAGGAGGGACCGUCCCCGUGAGCGCAAAGAACCAGAGGAUGAGAGGAGGAUUUGCCAGGGAAGAGAGAGGGAAGAGCCCGUGCGCGACAGGAGGAUCGAUCGCCAACGGGAGCUGGACCUGGAGCUCUAUGAGCGCCGCAGCCACCUGACGCGGGAAACGGAAGAGCAAGGUGCCACGACCAACCAGAGGGAGACACGCGAGACACGUGACCGUCAAACACGCGAGCCCAAAGACGAUGCAAGGAGACAACGUGAGUCGGUGAGGUGCGAAAGGACACGAGAGACCGCAGUGGCAGCAGCAGAAGCCGACGUGAACAUCCAGCGUGUGUCCCAGCAACAGGACCCACGUGAGGACAUGGAAAGGAGGGACCGUCCCCGGGAGUGCGAAGAACCAGAGGAUGAGAGGAGGAUUUGCCAAGGAAGAGAGAGGGAAGAGCCCGUGCGCGACAGGAGGAUCGAUCGCCAACGGGAGCUGGACCUGGAGCUCUAUGAGCGCCGCAGCCACCUGACGCGGGAAACGGAAGAGCAAGGUGUUAUGGGAUCCUGCAGAGAUACACGCAAGAGAAGCAGCCUCCUGAUACUCGAAGAAGAACAAGAGAGAGAAAUUCUGCAGCACCAUCAGGCAAACAAGUUACAAUGUGAGCCUUCUGACUGCACUGCCUCUGAGCCUUCAGAAGACCAAGAAUGGCAGAACCACAGGCUUUUAUAUGAGGAAGAAGUACAUGAGCCAAAUGGGUGCCCUACACAUGAUGAAGAACAAAGGCACAAGAGGAGCCUCUACCAAACCAUAGAGGUGGAUAACAGACACCUGUCUCCCCCAGGAGAGCAGGUAUCUGUCACCGACAUGAGGGUCUGUUAUGUCUCCGCUAAGCCCGAUGUACAGCCAGAGGUACAGGUCGUCCCUCAGCCCUGUGAGCCUCAGACCAUUGCGUACUUGAUCCACGUGAUUCGGGAUUUGAAUGAUCCUGAAGCUACCACCUACGAGAUUGUCUGCCACCAGCCCCACGACCUUGGGCAGCCCAUCUACAUGAAGAAGUGCUACACGUCACCCCAGCUGCCAGCAGUCCCAUGUGACAGGAGCAACCACCCAGAGCCACGAUCUCAAAGGGAUGAGCAAGAAACAGGGGAGCCCGAACCACCACGGCAAGGGAGCACACCAGCUUUUAGCUCCCAGGAAAACACAGGGGAUCUCAAUGAGCCACAGGAGAGGUUUGAAACAGGGGUGAAAGAAGGGUCUCACCAGGCUUAUGCCUCUAAGCCAGAUGGUGUUAAGGGUGACCCUUGUCAGGCAAAGCCCAAGGCGGAAAGGAGGGACAGCCAGCACCCCACGAUGCCUGAUGCAGAAGAGAAUGAGCAUCAGCCCCAGGGAAAUGGAUCAAAACCUGCCAGGGAGCAGGUCCUGCAAGAGCCCGAAUCCAGCUGCCAAGUGAGCAAGCAUGAGGACAGGGAGGCCAAGAGCUGCCCAUCUCUGCCCCAGGCUCCAGAGCCACAGGAAGCUUGCGAGCCAGGCCAGCGAGCCACCAAAGAGAGACGUUCCCAGCCACCCUGGAGAGAUGAAGCCAGCCACUGCCAUGAGGAUGCAGAGGUUUCCCUGCCAGAGAAGAGCCGCCAGCCACGGCAGGAGAACAGCAAGGGGAGCUGCCAGCAAGUGAGCAAUGUCCAGCCUCAACAGGAGGAGGAAGCACAUCUUUGCAGCAAGCAGAGCCAGGGCCCCCCUAGCCCCCCAGUCUCAGAGGAGGCACCGAGCCGUCCUGUCAGGGAGGAAGCCAAGGCAUCUUAAGGAGAAGUUCUCUCCCUGGAGCUGGUGGGGCUUCUCCAAGUCUCUUUGAGGAUCACUUCUGCUCUCUGCUUUCAGCUUAGGAUGUCACCAUGUGGUGGCAUAGAAGCGUUCAACACAAAAGGGUUAAUGGGGUGCUCUGAGAGGGUGUCAAGUGGGUUUGGGGGUUUUCCAUGUAACAAAUCCUCAGCAAGUAGGUAGGCAGAUAGUUAACCCAGGAUCUGCAGCUUCUGCCUUCCUGCAUUAUGUCUAUCCACCUUAAUGCACUAUUUAUUCACUUUUCUGCUCUAAUAGGAUUCCUUGGGUCUCUCUGUCCUUUAUGUCCCUGUCACCUCUUCUACCCUGUGGCAUGACUGUUCUGCAUCUCUCUGCACUCACAUCUCCCUAGCCCCGUGACUAGCUCUCCUGUCAGCUGUGCCUGAAAAUCCUUGAGGCUGGGAAAAAAAAAAACCACUUUUGUAGACUCAAUGUAUUGGUUACACCUUUCUGCUCCCCUAACAGAUGAGCAGAAUCCUGGCUCCAGCCUCACAGAGGCUUUGAAGCAGCUGAGUUAUACUGUGGUUACUGCAGGGUAACAGUGGAGGGUGGGGGGGUCCUCUCUCUUCUUCACACUGAUGUAUUGCAUGAGAAAACAGAAUAAAUAGCUGAUGACUGCACUGAC